AUUCGGAGGAACAGAUGAUCAGGACGAGCUUUAUGGUUUUCCUUUAAAUCGACGACCUCCGUUUACGCUUUGAUGGUCUCCGAGUGAACUGUCCUAACCGUAGACGAUCUUUGAGCUCACCUGUCGCUAGGAUACUUUGCCCUCCUCUGCUGCCACGCCAUUGGAGGAUGAGUGAUGGGGGAAGUAUUGCUCCGCUGGAAGUUCGUUACCUUCGUUUAGAAAAUCCAAGUCUAAAACAGAGAGCAGUCGCUGUGUUUGGAACUUUUUAGGUGCUCUGUUGUGUCAAAAGUGACUUUAUUCCGUGAUCUUAAGGAGUCCAGCCGCGUCGCGAUGGAGUUUGGUGAAGAAUCGUCGCCUGCUCUGGCCUUCGAGAAGGACGCUUUUGAGCUCACUGUCGAAGAUGUGUAUGACAUCUCCUACGUGAUCGGCCGAGAUUUGUUAAAAAUAAGCAGCACCGGUGAAGAAGUGUCGGACUUACAGUUCAGGAUAGUCCGAGUCCUGGAAAUGUUUGAAACUCUGGUGAACAAGUACAAUCUGUCAGUGGAGGAGCUGAAAAUGGAGCGGGACAACCUGAAGGCAGAGCUGGACAGGAUCAUCAGGGAGGGCUCUUCCUCCUCCGGACAGAGCGGGCAGCAAACUGUGGGAGCUAAUCAACUGGUGGUGGACCUGAAUGACCCCAACAGACCGCGCUUCACCAUGCAGGAGCUGAAGGAGGUUCUGCAGGAGAGGAACCAGCUGAAGGCUCAGCUCAUGGUGGCCCAAGAGGAGCUUCAGCUGUACAAGAGUGGGAUUCUACCUCAAUCUGAACCCGCCAUGGUUGACGUGGAUCUGGGCACGCCAGCAGCCACAGAGGAUAGUUCAUCCACAAUAAAUGAGAAGACAACUAUAGGAAAACUGUUUUCAUUCAGGAGAAAAUGAAAGGAAUCCUUAAGACGAACUCUCUGUUUCAGAGGCAAAUGGGAUGAGCUUUAUCUGCACAAUUUCUAACCACUUUUGUAAUUAAUUAUUGUUGUUUGCACAAGUAAGUCUAACAAUAUUUUGUAUCAUUUUUAAUCUAAUAUGAUUUUUAGUAUUACAAUACUGGAGAAGCUGAACUAUAAAUAUGUUUAGGUAACUGGAAAGUAUUAAGUUAGAGUCAUUCCCUGUUCACGCAUUUUUUAAAAAUGUAUUUUUGCUCAUUUAAGUUUGGUCUUAAAUCAUGAAGUAAACAAAUAGAUCAAAUAUGGUCCCAUCCAGUCAAUCUUAACAAAACAAUGCAGAUUUUAUUUUUAUUCCUGGAAUUUUGGGGCUAUUUGCUAUUGAAGUGUUGUAAAUGUUGCAGGUUAUGAAGAAAUUAGGAAAAAAAUACCACUCAGGCAUAAUGUGUGAUAUGAUUUUCUGUUUUUACAAAUAAAAUCUGCAGAAUGGGUCAUGCUUUUGUACCAUGAUCUAUUAACUCUGAUACUCCAUAGUACUGUUAAAAUACUAAAUAUUCACCUGUGUACAAUUCAGUCAAUCUCAAUAUAAAUGCAAUUGUUUAAAGAAGGCCUCAGAGGUUUGUUGUUCAUAU